AUGGAAACGCCGAUUGGAUCGAAAAGUCCCGCCGGAUUUUCGCCUGCAAUGUGUGAGGUUGUCCUAAAAGUCCUGGAGGAAUGUGUGGACUCAUUGGCCGUUUACCAAAACAUCUUACGACAACAAUCGCAGGAUAAUGCUUUUAUACAUUACAGUUUAUAUGUGAGCGGUAUAAUAGAAGACUUGAAGCAGGAAAUUAGCGAACAUGGAACCAUCGAUGUAUUAACCAAAGAAAUCGAGAAGAUUACGUCAGAAGUAGAACAGGAACAUCUUUUAAUAGAAAAGAAUGAAAGCAUGCAAAUAAUCGUGGCAGAGUUACGAAAAGCAAUUACUGAUAAGAAAACAGCGAAUGAAAAGGAGGAAGAGCGUUUAACAAAGAAGCUCACUUUAACACGGGACGAGAAGGAGAAGCUGAAACUAAUUAAGGACAUGGAGAUGAAAUAUGUCCGAAUGUGGGAAGCGGCACGUAGGGAACAGUACGUACUGCGUUACGAGGUGAAGAUGGACGAAUUGAAAAAGACUUUGAAUGAUCAUUGCGUGCGCGAGAGAAACGAAAAUCACGUGAAUGAUGUAUUAACGCGUUAUCUGACACGACGUAUAGCGCUCAUCGAAAGUCGGAUCGAGCAAUGGCAACAGAAGUACGAUCGAGAGAAGAAAAUGUAUGAGAAGGAGAUCCGUAAAGUACGCAAUGAGAUCGAAGAUGCUCAGAAAUACUUGGAGGAACUUACGACGGAGUAUCGUAAUAAUCAGGAAUUCAUCGACACAUACCUCGCGGAGCAGGAAGCACUCCGAAGACAAAAAGAGCACGAGGAUCAUGUACGGCACAGCAUAAUUAAGAUGCAAUCCUGGUGGCGGGGUGUUAUGGUGCGCCGAAAGCUGGGGCCGUAUCGAUCUGAAGAGAAAAAAAAGAAGAGGCCUGUUAAAACAAAAAAAUAA